AAAAUGCAACACAGACAAACAAAUUAAUCACCCUCCACAAACCCCACUGACCUUUCCUGCCCAAAUCCGCCAUGUACAGGCCAUUCUCAGCUCCUCCUCCAAGAGAUUUUUCUCACAUUUGUCCGCGAUUGUUAGCUCCAUUCACACUAUGGAUAUGUGUUGCUGCGAGUCUCCGAUAUGGGUAUUAUGGGGAUUGUCGAAUGGUGCUCGGACCGAGCUCAUCGAGGUUAAUGGAAGCAAGCUCUCUGUUUGUAGAGCAGGUUCAAAUGAGAGAGGAAGAAAACAAAGGGGCUGUUCUAUAUGGGUUCUCUCAGAAACCUCAGCUUAGCAGUGAAACUAAUUGGAGUGCAUCAAGCUUCUUGAUUGUUACAUCGUAUAGUCGUAAGGGUUUUUAUUUAUGGUUGAAUAAGGGUUCAAGGAUUCGAAUGAGAUGGGAAGCUCAGGCAAGCAGUUUAAGUCAACUGCAAAUGGUUAUUAUUAAAGGCGACCGAAAAUACGAAACUGUAAUUCCCAAAUCUGCAAGCUCCCCCGUUGCUGUUCGCCUUGACGAACCAUUAACCGGCAAGGAAGCAGAAUUCGUGGCAGAGGAGGACGAUAAGUACUACAUUGGCAUGAUUAACACAAAUCCCAGAAGCAUAAUGAUGAGGAUGAGUGUGAAUGCGACCUCAAAGACAUAUGAUAUAACAAGGGCAAGCCAUGUAUGUUCAACAUUGAAUGGAUCAUGCCAGCUGAAACUGCUCUUUCCAAAGACUCAAUAUGUUGUACUAACAACUCCAAACAAUGGUGAUUUGGGAGGCUGGCACAUUGAGCUAGCUUUUAUUGCUCGUCUGGUAACGUACAUUGCUAUUCUAGGAUUUAUCAUUGUUGCUAUUUUCGUGAUAUUGAAAUACCUAGGAGCCUGUGAUGGAGAGACUACUGCGAUGGACGCACCAGUAAGUGCAAUAUCCGAGACUGAUCCCAUAAUGCCGGCUGAGAAGCCUUUUCCCUUCAGAUACGGAACAAAUGAAGAAGGUGAAGAGUCAAGUUCAUCUAAUAGUUCUUCAGAGGAUCUAUAUGAUGCAAAAUUAUGCGCAAUUUGUUAUGACGAACAGCGCAACUGCUUCUUCGUUCCAUGCGGCCACUGCGCCACCUGCUAUGACUGUGCUCAAAGGAUUAUGGAGGGGGAGAGCAGAAUGUGUCCUAUAUGUCGAAGGGUAAUCCACAAAGCAAGGCGAUUGUUUAGCCCUUAGAAUGUUAGAGAAAGAUUAGAGUUUGGUUAGUGUUGGCAGUUGCAACUUUUUCUUCCAGGGGUAGGGGAGUAAUAGCUAGUUCAGAGAUCUUUGUCAUGAGAUUAUGUAAUCCAAAUUUCAUCAUUACAUUGGUAUGUUGAGCGAUGUAUGAUAUGAAUGAAGACGAGAACUUCAUCCCUGCAUAUUUUGCCAAUUCCUUUUUGCCAAGAAUGUUGUACUAGGAUCAAGCAGUUCCAGAGAUUAAAGUAAUUGUGAGAGAUUUUUGAGUUAUGUGGGAUUACAAAAGGGAAAGA